UAUAUGAGAUAAUAAUACGGCAUUGGGUAACGCUACACUGCUAUACUAUCUUCAGAUGAAGGAAGGAUUAUACGGAACACUCUCCUCCCCUCGGAUUCCCGCUUCACUGACUCUUUGUUUGGGUUCCCUGCAAUGAAAUCCACCUGCUCCCCACUCCCUGUUGCAAUACAAGGAUUAUCUUAAGUCUCCCAAACAGAGUGGACAUGGCGCUUUUAGGGAGAACUUCAGCUCUCCUGCUCUUUUACUUCUUCUCGCAUCUUCUUUGCGUUCACUGUGUCUCCCAUCAAAAAGCGACAGUGUCGUGGUGUGUGAUUUCGGACGCGGAGGAGCAGAAGUGCACGGAUCUGGCCGGGAACGCCACAGCUCGGAAUGUCAGAGGGAACUUGCGAUGCGUUCGAGGCCUGGACACCAGGGACUGCAUGGAGAAAAUUAAAAACGGGAGCGCAGACGCAGCCUCCAUGUUUGCAGACGACGUCUACGCUGCAGGUCUGUGUCACGGCCUGGAGGUGUCAGCAGGGGAGUCCCUCAAUGGAGUGGAUGGUGUCAGCUACUAUGUGGUGGCGCUUGCCCGUCGCUCCUCCUCCGACUUGUCCUUGCUGGAGAUGCAUGAACGCAGCUCCUGCCACCCUGGCAUGCGCACCACUGUGGGCUGGACUGUUCCCAUCGGCUACCUGGUCAACACCUCGCAGAUCGGCGUCGGGGAGCAGUGCAACUUUCCUCGCUCGGUGGGCAACUUCUUUGGUUACAGCUGCGUGCCCGGCGUCAAGGACCCCCGGCACGACCCCAGAGGCAACAACCCCAAGAACCUGUGCGAGGCCUGCAUAGGCGACGAGAAUGACAGACACAUCUGUGCCAGCAACCCCCAAGAGCGCCACUACGGAGAGGCGGGGGCGCUGAGGUGUGUGGCUGAGAACCUGGGCGACGUGGCUUUUGUCAAACACACGACUGUCUUUGACAAUUUGGAUGGUAGGAACCAAGAAUCCUGGGCGCUGGACCUGGAAGCGGAGGACAUGAAGCUGCUGUGUCCCGACGGCACCGAGGCCGAGCUGGAGGAGUACACACGCUGCCACUUGGCCGCCGUGCCCGCCAACGGCGUGGUGGUGCGCGUGGAGGACAAAUGUCGAGUUUGGAAGUACUUGGAACGGCUUCAGAACGUCUUUGGUAACGCCACGGAGGGCUUCAGCCUGUUCAGCUCUGCGGGCUACGCCGACUCCAACGUGCUCUUCAGUGACUCCGCCCACCACCUGCUGAGGGUCCUGGGGGGCUUCACCUCCUGGCUGGGUCACUCUUACACCAGCGCUCUGCAGGCCUUCGAGUGCGAAGGUUUCUGCUGAUGCAAGCCGGAGGCCGACGCGUCACGUCCUCGUUUAAAGUCGGUACUCUCUUCUUUCUUCAUGUCCUCGUCGUGUUCUUCAUUUAGUCUUUCCCUCAAGACGCUCCCUUAAGACGGCCUAAUCUUCUAAAACUGCCACGACGUUUCAGUGUGGAUUUCGAAAGGACAAGGCAAGAAAGGACAGGACGUUUUUACAAAUAAAAAGUUAGCGUAAUAAGAAUUUUUGUACACUAAUGCUUUUUUUUAUUUUUUAUUUUUUUGCUUUUUGUUCCAUCUCUGGCAUUGAACCACCGGGUGCUUAUUUCCUCAAUUCAUGUCUGUACGGAGGGCCAAAUAGGACAACAUUUAAUAAAAACUUAGUCUUUUUCCAAAAUGGAAUAAAGUUAUUUUGUCCUCAAUAUUCUACACAAAAUAACCCAU